UUUUCACCAUUAUUCCACGCGAGGCGAACCACCACAACAGUCGUAUAAGGCUGCUCUUCUCUUUCCCCAUCCUUCACAUUUUUCUUUUCUCUCUUUCUUUCCACUUCAGUCCCCAUCUCUUCUGCUUCAACUUCAACCCCAUUUCUCUAUCUUUCUCUCUAACUUCAGCUCUUUCUCUCUCUAGAAUCAAAUUCUUUCACACACGCGCACGCACGCACGCACACACUUUCUCUUUCUAGAAUUGAAUUCCCCAUUCAAUGUUACUCUCUUAGCAGCCCUGCAUCUAUUGCUAGGGCUGCAAAAUAGCAUAAAUUGAAGAAAUUUUAGUAAUCAAUCAAACCCUACAAAAUGGUUUUCAAGAACAAACUAUUUUUCUCGUCUAAAAAGUCUGAUGCUUCAAGCCCAGAUGGAUCCAACAGUCCUCGAUCUUUGGGUUCCAAUUCCCCAAUCCGAUCCGACAAGAAGAAAUCCAAAUCCACCACUUCUACUACUAGUAAAGAUGAAACUCCAACUCCAACUUCAAGUAGUAGUACUGGCAGUAGUUUUGCAUAUAAACCAACAACUCAACUCAAAGAUGGACUGAAAAAGAAAGAUUCACUUAAAGGAAAAGAAACUGCCACAGUUCAAUCACCCAGAAAACUAGCGUUCUCAAAGAAACCUACAGCUACCACUACGGCGCCGGAUGGCAAGGACGCUGCGGCUUCAGUCUCGCCGAUAUUGGCGUCAUCUUUAGGAUUAAAUAAGAUUAAAACAAGAUCAGGGCCGUUGCCACAAGAGAGUUUUUUUAGUUUUAGAGGUGAUAAGGGGUCUAGUAACUUAUCUAAGCCUGGUAGUUCGGGGUCGAGUUCUGGGUCCGGGAAGAAGAAGGAGAUAGUGGGACAGAGUAGAUUGAUGAUGGGAGUUCAAGACAAUGUUAAUAAUAAUGAUUGGGAUAAUGUGUCUAGUGGAAGUGGACAGGCUAGAGAAGCAAGUCCUAAUUUGCAGGCUAGGUCGCGGUUGCAGAAUGGUGAAACAUCGGCCGAGGAAGGUCGACAUGAAUCAUGGGGUCACUCUGGAGGCUUAAGAAGUUCUGAUGUUCUUACACCAGAGACUUAUGACUGUGAAAACCCAAAGGAGUCUGAAUCUCCCCGUUUUCAAGCUAUACUCAGAGUUACAAGUGCACCUAGAAAGAGGUUUCCCGCUGAUAUCAAAAGUUUUUCCCAUGAAUUAAAUUCCAAAGGUGUGCGGCCUUUUCCGUUUUGGAAGCCUCGAGGACUAAAUAACCUAGAGGAAAUAUUAGUUGUUAUACGGGCAAAAUUUGACAAAGCAAAGGAAGAAGUGAAUUCUGAUCUAGCUAUAUUUGCUGCGGACCUGGUUGGAGUCCUAGAAAAGAAUGCGGAAAGUCAUCCUGAGUGGCAGGAAACAAUAGAAGACUUGUUGGUUUUGGCUCGUAGUUGUGCUAUGUCGUCGCCUAGUGAAUUUUGGCUUCAGUGUGAAAGCAUAGUCCAAGAAUUGGAUGAUAGGCGCCAAGAACUUCCUCCAGGAAUGCUGAAGCAGCUCCACACCCGAAUGCUUUUCAUUCUUACAAGAUGCACCAGGUUGUUGCAAUUUCACAAAGAAAGUGGUCUGGCUGAGGAUGAAAAUGUUUUCCAGCUUCGACAAUCUAGGCUUCUGCAUUCUGCUGAAAAACGUAUUCCUCCAAGCAUAGUGAGGGAUGGGAAAAGUUCUAGUGCUGCCAAGGCAUCAAAAGCUGCUUCAGCAAAGAAAUCUUAUAGUCAAGAGCAGCAUGGCUUGGAUUGGAAGAGAGACCAGGUUGCCCAGCUAGGAAGUUCGCUACCUACUGCUGAUGAUGCUUCAAAGAAUAUGGAUUCUCCUGGGAGCGGAGCUCGGAUGGCUUCUUGGAAGAGACUUCCAUCUCCUGCAGGGAAAAGUGUGAAGGAAGUUGCUCCUUCAAAGGAAAAUAAUGAUUGCAAGAUUGAACCUUUGAAAAUUUUGAAUAAUAGAAAAGGAGUUUCUGAUGCAGAUCUCACUGCUACCAAGCUUUCGGAGCUUCCUGUAGCCAAAGAUUCACAUGAACACUCUAUGAAGCACCAACACAAAAUAUCUUGGGGUUACUGGGGCGAUCAGCAGAAUGUUUCUGAUGAUACUUCAAUAAUUUGCCGCAUUUGUGAGGAGGAGGUUCCGACUUUGCAUGUUGAAGACCAUUCAAGAAUUUGUGCCAUUGCUGAUCGAUCCGAUCAGAAGGGUCUAAGUGUGAAUGAACGUCUUGCCAGAAUUUCUGAAACUCUUGACAAGAUGAUAGAGUCUAUUGCACAGAAAGAUACCCAACCUGCGGUUGGAAGCCCUGAUGUUGCAAAAGUAUCAAAUUCCAGUGUGACGGAAGAGUCUGAUGUUCUCUCCCCAAAGCUCAGUGAUUGGUCCCGGAGAGGGUCAGAGGACAUGCUUGACUGUUUUCCUGAAGCUGAUAAUUCUGUUUUUAUGGAUGACCUGAAGGGCUUGCCUUCAAUGUCAUGCAAAACCCGUUUUGGUCCAAAAUCAGAUCAAGGAAUGGCCACAUCAUCAGCAGGUAGCAUGACUCCCAGAUCUCCAUUAUUGACACCUAGAACCAGUCCGAUAGACUUGCUCCUCACAGGAAAGGGUGCUUUUUCUGAGCAUGAUGACCUUCCACAGAUGACUGAACUUGCUGAUAUUGCUAGAUGUGUAGUGACUACUCCUUUAGAUGAUGAUUGUUCUAUUCCCUACUUACUUUCUUGUCUUGAAGACUUGAGAGUUGUCAUUGACCGAAGAAAGUUCGACGCACUGACAGUUGAGACUUUUGGAACUCGUAUUGAAAAGCUUAUCCGGGAGAAGUAUUUGCAGCUUUGCGAACUUGUGGAAGAUGAAAGAGUUGAUAUAACAAGUACCAUUAUUGAUGAAGAUGCUCCUUUGGAGGAUGACGUGGUUCGAAGCUUGAGAACAAGCCCCAUACACUCUUCUAAGGACCGUACCUCUAUAGAUGAUUUUGAGAUAAUAAAACCAAUAAGUCGUGGGGCAUUUGGACGGGUUUUCUUGGCAAAGAAAAGAACAACCGGAGAUCUUUUUGCCAUAAAGGUUCUAAAAAAGGCAGACAUGAUACGUAAGAAUGCUGUUGAGAGUAUACUUGCAGAGCGAGAUAUUUUAAUUUCAGUUCGCAAUCCUUUUGUGGUUCGCUUUUUUUAUUCUUUUACUUGUCGCGAGAACUUGUAUCUUGUGAUGGAGUAUUUGAAUGGAGGAGAUCUAUAUUCUUUGUUGAGAAAUUUGGGGUGCUUAGAUGAAGAAGUUGCUCGUGUAUAUAUUGCAGAAGUCGUGCUUGCUUUAGAAUAUCUUCAUUCAUUGCGCGUGGUUCAUCGUGAUUUGAAGCCUGAUAAUUUGUUGAUUGCACAUGAUGGCCAUAUCAAGUUGACAGACUUUGGUCUUUCCAAGGUUGGUCUCAUCAACAGUACUGAUGAUUUGUCUGGUCCAGCGGUUAGUGGGACCUCUAUGCUUGAGGAUGAUGAACCGCAACUAUCCGCUUCUGAACAUCAGCGAGAAAGACGGAAGAAGCGUUCUGCCGUGGGAACACCUGAUUAUUUGGCACCAGAGAUCCUCUUGGGAACAGGACAUGGUACAACUGCUGAUUGGUGGUCCGUGGGUGUCAUUCUAUUUGAGUUGAUUGUUGGUAUUCCACCAUUUAAUGCAGAGCAUCCCCAGAUAAUUUUUGAUAAUAUUCUCAACCGUAAGAUACCAUGGCCCCGGGUUCCUGAAGAAAUGAGCCCUGAAGCACAGGAUCUAAUUGACAGAUUAUUAACCGAAGAUCCCGAGGUGAGACUUGGAGCUGGAGGAGCAUCUGAGGUGAAGCAGCAUGUAUUCUUUAAAGAUAUUAACUGGGACACACUUGCCCGGCAGAAGGCUGCAUUUGUUCCCAGUUCAGAAAGUGCACUUGAUACAAGUUACUUUACUAGUCGCUACUCUUGGAAUACUUCAGAUCAAGUAUAUCCAACCAGUGAUUUUGAGGAUUCCAGUGAUGCUGACAGCUUAAGUGGCAGCAGUAGUUGCCUUAGCAAUCGCCAAGAUGAAGUGGGAGAUGAAUGUGGGGGUCUUGCAGAAUUUGAGUCUGGCUCAUCUGUCAACUACUCAUUUAGUAAUUUCUCAUUUAAGAAUCUUUCCCAGCUUGCAUCAAUCAACUAUGAUCUUCUCUCAAAGGGUUGGAAAGAUGAUCCAUCUACAAAUCCUAAUUCAUGAUCCCUGUACUUCCUCAGUCAAGAGCCAGAAAUGUGUUUUUGACAUCGGAUCAAUUUGGCAUUUAUAGGGUGCCUGGUUUCCAGUGUUGUUUGUAUACCCUGUACAUAAAUAGAAGAGAAGUUGAAGGACUGAAACUGCUUUUGGGGAUGUGAUCUUUCCACACUAUAGGUAAUGGAUCCACACUGGGGGGGUUCCAAUUUUAUUAUCGGAGUUGGUUUGUUUGAGCUGAGGAUCUUAGUGUACCAUAUAAUUUAAAUGCCAGUGUUGGUUUACAGUCUUAACCUAUGGUGUCCUCCUGUUUUGUGAUUUUUUUUCCUCAUAUCAAUGAGAACACAUCCCUAUGUUUUCAGUUCA